UCUUUUUUCAGAUUCAUCUACAAACAUGCAUACUCCCACCAACAUCGUCAUCGUCUUGACUUACCUGGCCUGUCUUGCUGCAGCGCAAAACCCGUGCAUCACGAGCUGUACAGGCUUACCCGACGGCGACUACCAGUCUUGUAAAGGUUGCAAAGUGUUCGCCACCUGUUGGCAUGAGAAACUCUUCGACGACAGGCCGUGUGUCGGAAACACCGUUUGGGACGACUCCUUCAAGCGCUGCGAACUGAGUUCCGCAACAUGCACUCCUUUAACCUGCGUGAGCAACUGCCAGGGUUUGGCCGACGGUAACUACGAAUCCUGCAGCAGCUGCAACGUGUACGUAACAUGCCAUGCUGGCAACAUCGUCGACAACAGACCCUGUCCUGCUGGGCUCGUCUUCAACAACGAAACGAAAGGAUGUGCCCAUACAUCCCCCUUAUGUCAUUAGAUAGACCCGUGAUAUUGCUGGAAUAUUGCUAAAAGCGACGUAAACCUAAACUCAUAAGACAAAUCCCUGUACAAAGGACCAAUGGAUGCCCAGGAACAAGAAUA